AUGUCUCUGGACGCCAUACAGCCUGGUCACGGUCGUGUCGUCUUGCGCAACGAUGGGAGCUCGAACAUCUUCACAGAAAUGUCGGCAAUGUAUCCGUUGAAGCUGCUGUCUCCACAACUGCCGUCAAGCGAUGUCUCUGUCGUCUACAUGCUGAGCUACGGCGGCGGACUAGUCGGAGGAGAUCGUGUGCAGCUGUCUGUUGAGGUGCAGGACGGUGCCCGGCUCGCCAUUCUCUCUCAGGGAUCCACGAAGGUGUUCAAGACACGCCUUGGCCAUAGGCUGUCAGCUGCACACACACAAAUCCACCCCAUGACAACACAGAACCUCGAGGUGCAUGUCGCACCCCGCGGUGCGCUUUUUCUACUCCCCGAUCCCGUUACCUGCUUUCGUUCGGCAAAAUAUCACCAAACGCAAACCUUCCACCUCGCCGAAGACUCUUCCGCCGUCCUGCUUGACUGGAUCACGUCUGGACGCAAGUCGAUCGGGGAGGAGUGGGUCUUCUCAAGAUACUACAGUGUGAACGAGGUCUUCGUUGCCGGUCGGAGGAUAGCGAAGGACGCCACGCUUCUAGAGGAGCGCGACUCUCAGCCGGGUCCGCUCGUGGCUCGGACGCUGGGUGAAACCCUGGCGCCAUACUCGUGCUAUGCUACCGUGAUCAUGUACGGAGACCUUGUGCAAGACACCGUACGACAUCUCUCCGCGGCAUACAGCGCCAUCACCGUAUUCAAGCAGCCCGGUCCGCCGACACUCGUUUGGUCAUUAAGCACGAUAUGUGAUGGCAGGGGGUGUAUAGUCAGGGUCGCGGCCAAGGACAGCGAGGACGUGAAGGUAUGGCUCGGAAAGGCGCUUUCCGACCUGGAACAUGUGCUCGGAUUGGAUAUCUAUCGGCGAGCAUUCUCGUAG